AUGAAAAAGAUUAAUGAUAAUAAGAGUUCUGGCGGAAGAGUUGAAUUAGAAGUGAAUGAUGUUAAUGAGAAAUUAGCCGAAAAAGCAAACAAAAAUGAGCUUUUAGCUCUGAGUGAUAAAGUCAAGAACCACGUUCAUUAUAUAACUUCAGACGAACAGAUUAUAACGAACUACCAUGGAUAUUUAACACGAAGUGAUGAAGCGAAGACAAAAAAUGUUAAUGAAAGAAGAUAUAAAUACAUUCGUGCUAAAGGUUAUGACAUAAGCUGUACUGUACAGUAUGAUGUAGCUAAAGCACCAGAAGCAUUUGGUUAUACCGGUGAAAUUUAUGCCUCUACUUUCAAUGUUAACGGUGUAUUAGUUGAACCAAGAUUUACUUUGAGAGUUAAGUCAAAAAUAACGUUUGAAGAUGCUAUUAAAAGUAAAGCUGACAAAGUUGAACUUGAAGCAAUGAACAAAGUUUUGAAAUCUCAUAAACACAACAUCUCCGAUAUAAAUGAACUUCAAGCUACAUUAGACAGUAAAGCCGACAAGAACCAUACACAUAAAUCCUUCACUACUGUUAGAGCAGACGACAUAAUAUUGAACUAUACCCUUGGUUCAAGUGCACCUUUAGAGAAUCCAAGU